CAAUCGUCUACCUGCAUGUUCCUUGUUAACAAUUCAGCUCUGCAAUCUAAUAUAAUAUAACAAUCCGUAUUUCUCAAUGCAUGGAAAAGUCGUCAAUAAUCGACCCCUUACCAUCUCCAUUGGUUCACGUCCACAGCAACUCAAGCGAGCCAGUGACCAGCAUUCCAGCAAUCUUACUUUGGGUCACGUCCCGGGUUACACAAAUUGCGCGGACGCGCUAGAAGGAAGACAAAUGAAGGUCGAAGCUUCGAUGAUUGACCGAGCGAUGGGUCGAUGGUGGAUCAGGAUGAAACUCAUCGUGUGCCAACGCAAUAUAUAUUAAACGGCUGUCAGUUCCUUCUUGUCGUUCUUGAUAUGUGGGCAAAUAUCAUGCAAUGGACGCGAGGACUACAGGGCAGACGUCGCGUCGCCAUGUGAGGUAUGGAUCGAUGCGCCACGGACCGUUUUAAUAUGCCACGAUGGCUAGGACCACUAGAUGCAUGUCUGAUAGCUGCCUCUUCAGACUGCGAUGUCAGUCAACGAAAAAGAGGAGGAACAGCUUCAAGUUCCAACACUACCACAUGCCUGUACCUAGGAUCCCACUUGUAUAUCACUCCACCAACAUUCAGCUUCCCAUUAUAGCAGCCCUGAGGACGUGACAGUCUCCAACCAGCACUGGAACCAAAGUUACCUCGAAGCAUCUCGCGCCGAAGAAACUAUUGUAUCUCAUGCG